AUGGCGGCAGAAAUAGAGUUAAGCAUUGCAGAAACAAAUAAACUACGGGCCCAGCUUGGCCUUCCUCUUAUUCCCGUUUCUGAAGAAAGAGAAGAGAAAAGUCCGGAAAGGGACUCUUCAGAACUUACGAUAGAGCAGACUAAUAAGCUAAGGGCAUCACUUGGUCUUCGACAACUUGAAGAUGCGCCACCAAAAAGGAAAAAUGCCACUCCAUCGAAUACUAAAUCUGCUGCCAAUAGAUUUUCUGCAUCCCAAGUACUGGCAGACUUAUAUAAAGAGGUGGAUACGGACGCCUGGCUAGAAGGAUUGGGGAAAGGCAAAAGGAGCACAAAAAUGCCCGAAACGAUUGCGGCCCAAGACGAUGACGAGCCGCAAAUGGAAGUGGCACACGAUGCCAAAGUUUUGGCAGAGGUGGCAGAUGGCGAUGUCUUUACGUUGGAAGACCAGGACUUGCUUGGAGAAGGUAAUGAUGUCUUGUCCAACGAGAAGUUGGCCAAAGUGAGCAAGCAGAAACAGGAUGAGACGGAACGCAAAAAGAUCGACCGUUUGCGCUUUGGUGCAAAAGUGUCCUUCGAGCUGGAUGACGAUAUGGAAAGUGCGGGACCUGUUGUUAUUCGAGGAACUAGUAUUGAUAUUUCGGAAAAGCCAGAUUCCCCACCAAUGCCAAUCCAUAGUGUGUCAGCCCCGUUGUUCCAAGAUGAGCCAGCUGAAGAUAAAACGGGCCCUGUGAAAAUGAAAAAACUCAAAAUGAAAAAACCCAAACAGAAGAGGAAAGCCAUAGAUGACACCGUCAAAGUCACCGAGCCUAUGGUGACGCAAACGCUACUUGAAGAGGAACAGGAAGAUGCAGAAGAACUCGAAGCCAUUCUUGCUGCAUCCAGGGACAAAAAGGUGAAGCGAAGAAAACUAAUGUCAGCAGAAGAAAUUGCCCAUGAAGUGAGCUUGCAUCUGAGACUAGAUACGGUCGAUAAGAUCGAUGGAAUAGUUUACGACAGCACGAAGGACUUUCUAGACACGCUACUGGCUGAAAAGGACGCAAGGGGGGAGAAAGGGAAUGGGAAAGAAAUCGAGGAAGAAGUCGAGAAAGUCGAAGGGAAAGAGGAGGUGGAGAAUGAAGACCACCAACCACGUGAACUUGUAUCUGGUGUGGAAAAAAUCGAUGAAGUACAAGUGGAGAAGCUGGCAGAUAACGAACUUGGCCAAAGAGAGUCGGAUGACGUUCGAUCUGAAGCAAAAACUCAAGCACCGCUCAACAGUCUUCUGGCGACGCUUCAAUAUCUCCGAAAAAGUAAUUUUGUUCCCGAUACCAACGAGGAACAAAAGCAAGUGGAGAAGAAAUUACGCGAGGCUCGUAAAGAAGCACAGCUCAUGAAGCUUCAAAUCUCCAUCGAGGAACGAACGUUACGAGAAGAGCUCGAAAAAGACUCGGGGUACAAAGGUUUGCCUGCGAAAGAAAAGGAAAACACUUUUGACCGGAUUCUCAACCAGAGAUUAAUCGAGAAGGGGCUUGUCAGUGAUGUGAAUCCACAUUCAAAGUACUCUCGGUACGAGAAGAAACCCGACCGGCUUUCAGACUACAGACCCCAAGUCAAGUUGUCUUACAAGGACGAAAAGGGCAAUUUGCUUGACAGGAAACAAGCAUGGAAGCAAUUGCUGCACAAGUACCACGGGCUGGCCCCUAAGCAAAAAAAAGAGUCACCCAAAGCCAAGUCAGAACUAGAGCCUCGGGAGAUCCACCCAGAGUAA